UGUAUCCUAACCUUGACUGUUGUGUUAUUGUUUUACUGUUUUCGUGUUAUAUUAAAAAAAAACUUCACAAAAAACCUUGUUUAAGUCAAAUCUACUUACCGAUCCAGUGCUUACAGCAGGAAAUUCUCGAUUAUAACAUAUCCGACUUGUCCUUGUAACAAUGUCCAAGCAAAGAGUUUCAUAUUUCUUCAAUCCAGACGUUGGAAACUUCCACUAUGGCACUGGCCACCCCAUGAAGCCACACCGACUGUCUGUAAUCAACAGUUUGGUUUUAAACUAUGGACUUCACAAGCACAUGCAGGUCUACAGGCCCUACCAAGCUACUGUUCAGGACAUGUGUAGAUUUCACACUGAUGAAUAUAUUGAUUUUUUACAAAAGGUGACUCCACAAAAUAUGUCCUCCUUUACCAAACAACUAAGUAAUUACAAUGUAGGUGAUGAUUGUCCAGUAUUUUAUGGCCUGUUUGAGUUUUGCUCAAUGUACACCGGGGCUUCUCUAGAAGGAGCUAUGAAGCUGAAUAAUAAUGACUGUGACAUUGCAAUCAAUUGGGCCGGAGGACUUCAUCAUGCAAAGAAAUUUGACGCAUCUGGUUUUUGUUAUGUUAACGACAUAGUCAUAGGAAUUUUAGAACUACUUAAAUACCAUCCUAGAGUUCUGUACAUUGACAUCGAUGUCCACCAUGGCGAUGGAGUGCAAGAGGCGUUUUAUGUUACCGAUCGCGUAAUGACUGUUAGUUUUCAUAAAUAUGGAAACAACUUCUUUCCUGCGACUGGGGAUAUGUAUGAAAUAGGAGCUGAAAGUGGACGAUAUUACUCAGUCAAUGUUCCACUUAAGGAAGGAAUUGAUGAUGCCAGCUACUGGCAAGUGUUCAAGCCGGUUAUUUCCAACGUUAUGGAGUUCUACCAGCCCACAGCUAUUGUACUGCAAUGUGGGGCUGAUUCCCUAGCAGGCGACCGACUGGGAUUGUUCUCCCUGAGUAACAAGGGUCAUGGAGAAUGCGUCAAAUUUGUAAAGAGCUUAAAUGUACCCACUUUGGUUGUUGGUGGAGGUGGAUACACUCUGCGUAAUGUAGCUCGCUGUUGGACUUAUGAAACAUCGCUUCUCGUGGAUGAACAAAUUUCCAACGAAUUACCUUACACGGAAUAUCUAGAAUAUUUCGCACCAGAUUUCACUUUGCACCCAGAGCUGGAUGCAAAAGCAAAGAAAGAAAAUUGCAACAGUAAGCAGUACCUUGAAGCUAUUACAAAGUUUGUUUACGAUAAUUUAAAAAUGGUUCAGAACUCGCCCAGUGUGCAAAUGCACGAUGCACCGGGUCCAGCAAUUCCGGAAGAUGCGAAAAUUAAAGAAGAAGACGACCCUGAUGUAAGAAUCAGCCAAGAUCUUGAAGAUAAAAUGGUGGAAGCUAAGAAUGAAUUUUAUGAUGGAGACAAGGACAAUGACCAAGAGGACAUUAAAAUGCGAGAAUGAACAUUAGUUACGCUUUUAAACAGUAUUUUGAUUUUAGGCUUUACUUAGAUUUAUUUCAUAGAGAAUUAGUAAAUUCAAUUACGGAUGUAGAUGUAAGUUAAUUGACUGGGAUCUCUUUUCAAAAAGAGUUUGAUAGAUUGUUAGACAAUAAUUUUGUCCAUAAUAGAAAAGAAAUAAAGAAUUAAUUUCACAA